UUUCUUUCUUUUUUUUUUUCUCAGUUCGUGUGUUGUGUGUGUGUUUUCUCACCAGCUGAAAAUGGCGGCUCGGAGCGUCGGAUCCUUCUAACUUUAUCGCACAAUAAUAAACACAACAAUAUACACAGCUGUUGUCACACAUCAUGGGGAGAAACUUUACCGAGAGACCUCAGACGCUCUAGUCGGGACAUAUCACUUUCACCACUCCGGCUCAAGGAGCCAAGACGCAGAGAGAUUAUGGCGGACCCUCAUACGCGGUACAGCAAACGCCUGCGUACAGGGACGCGACGCCGCUACCAGGAUGAUGGAAUCUCAGACGAUGAAAUUGAAGGGAAACGGAUGUUCGACCUGGACGAGAAGUUGCAGUGUGUCAGGUUUAAGUCUGACUUGAUCAAAAACAUGGAGGGUAAAGAUUUCACAUUUGAGUACAUCCAGAGAGAAGGACUCAGGGACCCCAUUAUCUUUGACAACGCUGACGGCCUUGGCAUACAAAUGCCAGACCCUGACUUCAGUGUGAGUGAUGUCAAGUUGUUUGUUGGUAGUCGACGCAUUGUAGACGUAAUGGACGUGAACACCCAGAAGGGAAUUGAGAUGUCGAUGGCUCAGUGGCGACGCUACUAUGAAACGCCACCAUCUGAAAGAGAAAAACUUUACAACGUCAUCAGCCUGGAGUUCAGCCACACCAGGCUGGAGAAUCUGGUCAAACGUCCGGCUUCGGUGGACCUCAUUGACUGGGUGGACAACAUGUGGCCCCGCCAUCUCAAGGAGAGACAGAGAGACUCCACUAAUGCCAUCAUAGACAUGCAUUAUCCCAAAGUACAGAAGUACUGUCUCAUGAGUGUGCAGGGCUGCUUCACAGAUUUCCACAUUGACUUUGGAGGCACUUCAGUGUGGUACCACAUCCUGCGAGGUGGAAAGGUGUUCUGGCUGAUUCCACCCACACCGCCGAACCUGGAGAUGUAUGAGAACUGGGUUUUAUCAGGAAAACAAGGGGACAUCUUCUUGGGGGACAAGUGUUAUGACUGUCAGAGGAUCGAGCUCAAGCAAGGCAACACCUUCAUAAUCCCAUCAGGGUGGAUUCAUGCCGUGUACACACCAGAGGACACGUUGGUGUUUGGGGGAAAUUUCCUCCACAGCUUCAACAUCCCCAUGCAGCUCAACAUCUACAGCAUUGAGGAUCGUACAAGGGUGCCAGCAAAGUUCCGCUACCCAUUCUACUUUGAGAUGUGCUGGUACGUCCUGGAGAGAUACCUCUACUGUCAGACCAACAUCUCCCACCUCACUCCUGAGUUCCAGAAAUACUCCCUUGGCAUAGGACUGACACAGCCUGACAUUGAAACCAAUGAUCAAACCAAGAAUGGCACAGCUAAUGGAGUUGAAAGUACUCAAAUCAUGGAGAUCGUAAUCAAAGAGGAAAAAGUUGAAGAAGAGACAGCUGAAGUUGCUCAACCUCAGCACAUGCUGACUCCCUUUGAGCUGGAGGGACUGUGGAACCUCUUAGGGAAGCUAGAGGAGCUGUCGGACCAGAAAAAGUGUGUACCUGAAGGCAUCCUGAAUGCUGCAGCCUUGCUCGAAGACAUGAGGACUCUCCUGAAAGAGCAUUCCAAUGAUAACCCUAAGUUGUCCUACACUGGAAAGCCCAUUGUCAAGUGGCCCGAAAGGCCGUCAUGGUACCAGCCUCCCACUCCCCCUCCUCCUGUCAUUCACCGUCCUCGCUUGGGCCCGACCCUCCACAAGCCUUUGGGUCAGAGGCCCACCAAACGCUCCUCCAUCUCUGCCCUGAGGCGCAGGCGGGUGAGGUGUAAGCACUGUGGCGCCUGCUGCCGGAAGGAGUGUGGCACCUGCCAGUACUGCCACGACAUGAGGAAGUUUGGUGGCCCCGGACGAAUGAAGAAGGGCUGCAUCAUGAGACGGUGUCUAGCACCUGCCUUGCCAAACACAGCGCGAUGUGCCAUAUGUGGAGAAGGGGAAUUGGAUGAAUCAAAUCCGAGCACUUACUCACUCAUGGAGUGCACUGUCUGCUCGCAGAUUGUCCAUCAUCAAUGCAUUAAGGAACCCGGUGAAGGGAAGAUCAAUAAAGAUUUGCCCAGCUGCUGGGAAUGUCCCAAAUGUUACCAAGGCAAAGACUUGGAGUCUUCCAGCGAUGAGGAAAGUGAGGAGUCGGAGGGCUCAACCUCCUUGCCAACCUCCUUGCCAGUGUCCAAACUUGCUUACCGGGAGGGAAUUGGUGUAGGUGAAGGGGUGAGACAAGGGAAACCUAGCAGAUCCUCAUCACGAUCCACAGCACCACCACCGUCUCAGAAACUUCUACUGCAGCAUCAACAGAAUCGCAAAAGAGCAAAUGCACUGGAGCUCAGACUCAAGAAGAGGAUAAAACUAGAGCGCAGCAAAAUCCUAACGAAACAGUCGUCUCUCGAGCGUUCUCCCCGGCUGCUGCGCUCCAAGGUGCUGUCCCGGCUGCGCUCUCCAACCAGCAGACUUUCUCAGGGCAGAGGCCGGGGCUCCACCUGGGCGAGUGGCUCCUCUUACCACAGCUCUUCAGGAGGGACUGAUUCAUUCCAGCAACAGUCUUCCCUUGGUCUGGUACUUGAGCCCACAGGAGAGCCCUGCAGAGGGAGGGGGAGAGGGGUGAGGCUGCGGGGAGGAGGAGCCGGAAGAGGGAUAAGAGGUGGUAGAAGCCAUGAACAGUUGGAGAAGGAGGAGAGCGAGGACAGCAGCAGCAGCAGCAGCAGCAGCAGCAGCAGCAGCAGCAGCAGCACCACCACCACUACUACCAACAACAACAACAACAACAACAACAACAGCACCAGCAGCAGCACCAGCAGCGAUGACGACAAGGAAGAGGAGAGAGGGCAGAACAUUGGGAGGGGAUUGGAUAAAGAGAACCAGCCGCAGUCAAGGCGAGGAGGACGGGCAACCAAAGAGGGAGAAGAGGAAGUGAGCGAGGUGGCCAACCAAAACGGUGCAGAGGAGGACGAGGAGGAGGAGGAGAUGGAGCAGGACAGUGAAACGAGGGGAAAAGAGGGCUCGUUUCUUAAAGUGACACUCCAAAAGCCAACCAAAGCCAAAUACGACCCAUCAGCCAUUGUCCCCAAGUUGGAAGCCAUCGCCCCUCAAACUGCAGCUUCCACAAUACACAACCAGACCAGAAUCCUCGCCAGACCCCCCAUUAAAAACCGUGCCCCCUGUCCCGAUCAACACUCCAGUAGGCACACACCUCCUUACACUCGUAGUAGACACACAGACACUCGCACCUCCCACCCAGAGAGGCUCAGCAGACCUGCUAAAUUGAGCAAUGGCGCCUCCUCUUCAACAUCUGAGCUUCCCCAUCUCCGCAUCCCUCUGUCCGCCCUGCAGGAAGGGGGGAGCGAGGCAGACAGGGAGAACAGUGGCAGCGGACCAGGCUGUGAGAGGGAGGUGUGGGUAUCUGUCUUCCGUUACUUAAGUCGAGCUGAUCUCUGCGUCUGCAUGGCUGUCUGCAAGAACUGGUACAAAUGGUGUUUAGACAAGCGGCUUUGGGCUCGGAUUGACCUGAGCAUCAAACGCACCAUUACUCCUCAGGCCCUAACGGGCAUCACAAAGAGACAGCCGAUCACACUGGAUCUGUCAUGGACCAACAUCUCUAAAAAACAGCUCAACUGGCUUGUUGGCCGCCUGCCAGGGCUGAAGGAUCUGAUGGUGGCAGGUUGUUCCUGGUUAACCAUUUCAGCUCUCUGCUCCUCUGGUUGCCCUCUCCUCCGUUCCCUGGACCUGCGGUAUGCAGAUGGCGUCAAAGACUCUCAGAUCAGGGAUCUAGUCACCCCUCCAGGUUGUGACAAUCGCAGUCAGUUUCGGACCAUGCAGUGUUUGCGACUAGCAGGCCUGGACAUCAGCGACGCCACUCUGCGCCUGGUGAUUCGCCACAUGCCCCAUUUAACAAAACUGGACCUCUCCCACUGUAACAGCCUCACCGACAAUUCCAUCAACCUGUUGACUGCAGUGGGCUCGUCCACACGAAACACGCUCACAGAACUCAACCUGGGAGGUUGCAGUAAACUGACAGACACUAGUCUUAAGUAUCUCCGCCGCCUCUCUUGCAUCUCCCUGCUUGACCUGCGAGGCUGUAACGGUGUCUCCCGCAAAGCCUGUGAGGCCUUCUUCUCCGAGCUGUCAGUCAACACACUCUACUGCCUGUCGGAUGAAAAACUGAUCCAGAGGAUUUCCUAAGCAUCUGCCUAUUCUCACUGCUGAGGGGAUUUGAGGUGCAAAGGCAAACAGUGAAUCUGUGUCACACAAAGGACACAGGCAGCAAGGGAAGUUCACAUGCACCCGUGUCACGUUAAAGCAGGGCUGGGGUCUGAACUGGGAGUGCUUACUCACUUAACUGGUGUUGGUGAAAGGGGUUGUCACAGCUGAAACAAUAUUUCUUUUUUUAACAUUAUGUAAAAAUGUUCAUGUACCGUAAAAUGGGACUCAUUUUUCCUUUUCAGUUCUUUGAGGAUUUAAUGUGGAGUGGAAAAAGCAAGGUGUCUUUCUUUUUUUUUUUGCCUGGAGUUGAAGAACAUGGCCAAUCAAUUCUCUGUAUUAGACUGCACUUCCUUUGGAUAACCAAGUGCUCAACUCUUUGAAGGGACAUUGAUCUUGACUCCUCACAAACUCCUGCCUUGAGUUAGACUUUUGAGUUUCAUCUUUGGGGUGUAAAUGCAUUGUUUUGUUUGGCUGAUUCCCAUAAAGUCUUAUUUAUCUUGUGAUUUAUCAUUUUAACUCCUUUUAAUAUCGGCUACUGGUGGAUGCUCUAAAUAGAUGGUUAUAUUUUGUCAGAUUCAAGAGAGCACACGUCUAGAAGUUUGACGUCUGCUUUAUGCACAACAACUAUGCGCUAAGAUUUAUUUUUUGAAGACAACUAAAAGGCAACAGAUUUUGGACAUCAUUGCUUAUAAAGUGAGGGAAUGGAAUGGCCUGUUGUAUGUUCAGCUCUAUAAGGCAUUUGGAUGCAACCGUAGUUAAGUGGUAUACCUGAUAAGUGUACAUGGACAUUGAGUAGAUGUGGUUGUAGAAAACGGUAGAAAAACAAUGUGAGAAGGCAAUCGACAAAGCAACAACACCUCACCCCAACAAAGGGCAGGUUGCAUGAAGUGAUCGGGGUAAGCCACGGGUCAGGUGUCAGAUAAAUGGUGCGUUUUCAAACAAAAAGAACGUUAGACUUCAGGUGCUAUUAUUUCCAAACUCUUUAUUACUUUGUUUUUGUACAGAGACAACAUUUAGAGCCAAAAUGUUAAUAUUCUAGAUGAAAUUGCUCCCCACCCCACUUUGAUACACUUUCUUCUUUU